UUUUCUUCUUCUUUCCACAGCGCUAAUGUUCGACUUCUUGAAAAGAGGCCUCCGCACAAAGUGCCACCGCAAGUUUAGUUGUCAUCGCCCAGUCCAAAAUAGUAAAAUUCGACCUCUUAUUCGCGUUUGUUCUGUUUCUGUUCUGAUGCCCGGUUACGCGAGAGUAUUUACUCGGUGCUGAAUGUGACUUCCAGAUGUGAAAACGAUUCGUUGUCGUUCAAAAUGAUGCAAAAUCAAAAACCAACAACAUCCGCCACUACCACCGCCAGUAGUAAAAGUAGCAACAUUAACACAACAAAUGAUAGACAGGGGGAGAUUGGAGGCGGUGAAGGUGGCUGUAAUGGUAGAGUAGGAGAUUCUGGAGGCAUCACUGCUCUACAAACCUUAAGCGCGUUAUGCCGGGUUUGCAUGUGUAAUCCUCAACAGGGGGAGGACGGAAAAUAUCUGGAAUCAUUGUACCGCACAACAGUCGAAUCAAAAACAUUGCAUUCGAUGCUGGUCACUGUUUGCAGUCCGCUGGCUCAGGGAAGUAAUGAAGGAAUGCCGGAUAAAAUAUGUACACUGUGUAAGGCAAAGGUCGUUCAGGCGUAUAAGUUGUACGAAAUGUGUAUUAAAAGUGAUGAAAGAAUAAGGAAACUUAUGCAAACACAACAGACAACAGGAGGUGUAUUAAUAAAGCAGGAGAUUAUUGAUGAUGAAAAUGACGUAGCAAACGCUGAUCUCUAUUACGAUCCCCAAGUCAAGAAGGAAGACGCAUACGACUAUGAGUACCCUUUCGAAGGACACUUUUAUGGGCCAUCUUUGGCUUCAGUGGCUUACAGCACACCUAACUUGAGAAUCCAAUCAGUACGCAAUGGGCCGGAAGUACUGGUGCAGUUCCAAAAUCAAAAAACUCUGGUUGAUGCUGCUCCAAAACCUGUUCUUGAGUUUGAAAAGUUUGUGAAGGUUACUUCCAAAGGACACCAAUGUACACUUUGUGAAAGGGACUUCAAGUACUUCAGCUACUUCAAACAGCAUGCUCUUGCCCAACACGAUCCUACGAAACCGUAUAAGUGCGAUCAGUGCAAGUAUACUUUUAAAACUGAACAACGUCUAUUACUGCACAUGAAAACUCACAUUGACGUGGAGGAUCUUCCACUGGCUGUAGAACUUACAGACGCAAAGCCUAAACAGGAACCCGAUCUUGAUCAAUCCGAAGAUCCACUUAGCGAGGAAGACUUAAAUGAGGUAAAUAUAUCAAUCAGCCCAGACACCGGUGAAAAAGUAUACAAAUGUCUCGUCUGCCAGAAACAACUGUCCACAUUGCCGCUCUACAGACGCCACCGAACCGUUCACACCGUUCACGGGCGUCCGUAUGAAUGUAAUAUUUGUCAUUAUCGGUUUGCCAUGAAAUUCAGCUACAAUGCCCACAUGCAACUUCACGAGGAAGGCAAGGAUCCAGCGCAACCGCUUAUUUAUAAAUGUACCGAAUGCAGCGAAACAUUUCCCCGGCGGAAACUUCUCAAUUUACACAUGUCUUCUCAUCCAGAAAAACCUCAUGUUUCACUGAACAAAACAGCUCCUGCAGCUAUCCUAGCGAGCAGUAUUUCUUCGGGACGUCACGGCCACGUUUGUCCUAUCUGUUCCGAAACAUUCAAUCGUGAAUCGGUUCUCAACAACCAUAUGAAGCAGCAUGAACUCGAAGCUGCUCAACUGAAGCAUUCUGAGAUUUGUUAUGUUUGCACGCUCUGUGGGUUGGAGUGUGACACUCGCGAAACAUUUACGAAUCACAUUAAAACCCAUGGUGAUGUGCAGUUCCCUACCGAAAACGAUCCAGCCGUAGAUACGGAAGUAAGUGAUGAUGAGCAUGCACAGAAUGGCGAAGAUCCGCUGAGCAUCGUAAAGGUGGAACCGAAAAGUGGACUCAAGUGUGAACUGUGCUUUAAGACAUUCCCCUAUGCGUGCAACCUAAAACAGCACAAGAUAAUUCAUCACUCGGAAAUGAAGCCCCACGAAUGCAAUGUCUGUCAUUAUAGAUUCGAAUACGAAGGUACACUUCUGCGGCAUAUACAGAAGCAUCAUUCCAAACCGGAAACAAAUGUUAUAGCCGCACCGACUGUCACCGAUGAGGCAAUCUCCGCUCCGCGGGGAGCAAGCAUUAUCUAUAAAUGUAAACUAUGCUCCGCUCGUUUCCAAAAGCAAAAAUCGAUGACUUGGCAUUUGAAAACACAUCGGUCGAUUGUGGCCAGCGAGGGCAGCAGUGUACAGGAGCUGGAACAAAGCCUGAACAUUCCGGCGUCGUCAACAUUACCCCCCAAAGCGCUUCUACGACAACCAUCGCCUGCCCCAACGCCAACUCCUCCGCCGGCAUCUGCAUCGCAAAAAUCUCCUCUUCUACAGCCCAAAGUGGAAGGAAACAAGGCCUCCGCCAAUUCGACGAAUGUGUACAAAUGUGGGUACUGUCCCCAGAAUCUCGAUUCAGAGGAUGCCUACUAUCAACAUAUGAAAGGUCACCGUGUUCGUUCCAACGCGUCGGAUCCACUGCAGCCAGACGAUGAAACACCUCCGCUCAAGAAGAAACGAGCCUGGGUGCGUUCCGGUGAGCACCACCGGUGUAACCUUUGCCACAAAGUGUUCACCUUCCGCAGUCAGUUGCAGCAGCACACGGCUCUCCAUCAUCAGCCCGGGAAACCGUACGAAUGUAAAAAGUGUCACUACAGCUUUGUACACAAGUUGAAUCUCAAGAGACACGAACUGACACACUUGGAAGAGGAACGCCUUGCCAGUGAGGACGAUCAGUCGGUACAGCUGCUGGAGGACGAAAGCUUCAACGCUGAUUUGGAAGAUUUUGUGGAACCAGUGCUUGAGGAGGCAGACCCUGCCGCUACAAAUCGGAGUUCCGAAAGCGGCGAAGGCAGUCAAUCGGGCGACGGUGCAGUACCAAAGAAAAAUAAAUGCGUCGUCUGUUCUGCCCUAUUUCAGCGGGAAGAUCAACUGAUCGAACACCUUAAAACACAUAUUGAGCGCAUUAAAGUGACCAAGCAGGAAACACAGAAUGCGCGAAAAAUACUCACAGAUGAUAAUGAUCGGAAGUGCAAGCUGUGCACUAAAGUCUUCAAGUACACCUGCCAGCUGAAACAGCACCUUCAAAUGCAUCACUCCAAAGAUAAACCGUUCGAGUGUAACAUUUGCAGAUAUCGGUUUGAGUUCAAAGGUCACAUGAUACGACACAAAGCAAUAAAUCAUACCGAUGAAGUUGCUGCCGAAGAAGCGGAAAUGGAAGAUCUUCCAUCUAAAAUCUCCACACCUUCAAUCCACCCAGAUGGUUCCGAGAUAUACCAGUGUCCGGUUUGUCCGAUGAACUUCGUGAAACAGCGAUCCCUAACGUGGCAUUUAAAAACUCACGCUAACAGGAAGAUUAAGCGAGAAAAGGAUGAUGAGUAUCCUUCCACUUCGACUGGAGAGGUCAUGCAAUGUCGUUUCUGUUCGUGUACCUUCCGCGAUGUGUACGAACUCAAAGCCCAUAUGGUAACUCAUAUCGGAGGCUCGUCUGUAGCGCCAGGCGAGGGCGAGCACUCUCUUUUCGGUUCUGGGUUGGACAUGAUGCUGCAGGAUUUUCCCGAUAGCAUGGAAAAUCAUGCAGCCGAUCCACUGUUUGACGAAUCCAACCUGGAACUGGUGCUCGAGGAUGGGUUCGAUAAUGAUCUUGAUUUCAAUAUGGACUAUCACGAUACACCUCCGCUGCCGCCAGCAAAGAAAAGUCUUCCGGCGAAUGAGAAUUCAAUCUACGAUGUCGCCGAACCGGGAACAUCGACUACACCGGCGAAGGGCAAAAUCGUGUGUGAACUUUGCAAAAAAGAUUUCCUAUACUCCUGCAAUCUAAAACAGCAUAUGCAGCUGCAUCACGCUAAGGAGAAACCAUUCGAGUGCAAGAUCUGUUUUUAUAGGUUCGAAUACAGUGGUCACCUGGUGCGACAUAUUCGUCAGAAUCACGAUGUUGACGAAACAACAGGUGAAGCCGCUGAACGGAACUUCGUGUGUACCUUUUGCUCGGAGCUGUUUGAGCAAAAAUCCCAGCUAAACGCUCACGUUCAGUUGUAUCACAAAGGAGAGAAACAGUUCAAGUGUGAGCUAUGUCCUGCCUCUUUCGCCUACAAGAAAACGUAUGACGCUCAUCGGGAAGAACAUCAGUCGAAUAAACGUUCAGAUACUGCACCAACAACCAGUGCCCAAAGUACAACGGCAAGUGCUGCUCCCGUGAGUUACUCCUGUAAUUUCUGCAAAAAGACAAAAGUGGACACAUCUGCAAUCCAGCGAGUGUGGUGGUUGAUGAGCAUAAUGGCGACGCAAAUGAAAGUACCAGCUACGGUGGCUGACUUUUUAUCGGGAGAUGGGGUAGACUUUAGCUCCCACAAGCGAAUCUCCAACGCAAACAGCCAGGAACAAAAUGAUUUGGAUAUAUUAUUGAGUGAGAUCACGGUGCAAUUUGAUAACGAUGAAGUGCAAACGCUGUACGUUGGUCCGGUCGCGAUUGUUGACGACGACGACGUCGUCGGAAAUGCGAAAGGCUUCAGCAACAUAGUUGACCAUAAGGAAAUCUCAACCCAAGCAUCACAAAAUGACCUACCACCGUUGGAGUUUCUCCAGCGGCCAGCAUCGGUCCCACCAACAACGGUGUCGGCGGUGGUUGAUGACGUCAUGAAAGUAGACGCCAGCAUUGAUCUCGCAGUCACGGUUGUGACGACGAAAACAAAGCAAGACAGACACCAUCCACAGCUUCCUUUGUCACCGGGGGUUGGCGCUGAAGCUGAGGGUGGGGAACCCGCCAAGCAGGCGGUCGAUUCAGCAAACGACGACCGUCCCCAUCAUUUGACAGCAGCUGCUGUUGCUAUUGAUCCGAAAAAUGGUGGAAAUCCGCAGACUGUUCCAAAUGAAGACUUAAGAAAACCUCUUCGUCGUAGAAAUAAAAUAUACCCAGAGAAAGCGCCCGCACCUGUCGAGAACGGCACCUCGCGUGUAACCAGAUCGGCCACAUCACCCGUGAAGAGCGUUGUCAAACCAACCGCAAUAAUCUCACCCAGUACAAAACGAAAACCACCACCACCGGCACCUUCACCAGCAGCAGAAGCGGAUCAAAACGUACCAGCGCCGGAGCGACCAAGCAAACGACAGAAGGUAACCACACCGGAUCGUGAGUCAACUCAUCCACCCACGAUAAAGGAGGAGAUCAAACAGCCAUCGCCAGUUUCGAUACCUGUGGUGGAAGCGGAAAAAGAAAAAGUCCAACAAGCUGAAACAUAUACUGCAAAAAGUGGCAAGGAACCACCCCAAGAGAAGGAGUCGGGAGAGAAUCCGGUCGAAGAGGAACUUAUUCUACCGGAACCGCAAGAAAGGACAUCGUUGUUGAAAUACAAUAAAUCUUAUGAGAAGGAUUCUUCUCCGGCAGGAAGUGACAGUGGUAUUGAAAAUGAAGGAUCUGAGUUGAGCAAGGUGCCCUUGUUACCGCCAACGCGAGAAGACGACACUGAACCUCAAAUUGAACAAGAGGAGACUGUUGAAAGCAUUCCAGUAGAACCUAUUAGUACGGAAACGGAACUAGAGGGGUCAGCAACAAAAAAUAAUACUCAAGCAGAGGCAAUUUGUCCUGACAAAGAAGUGGUAAAGAAGAAGACUGAAAUCAAACGUAUUAUAAAAUGUGCAAAAUGUGUGAUGUGCUUUAAGAAAGAGUUGUCGUACAAAAAACAUUUAAUGAAUUAUCACGGCAUCGAUCUGAGUAACAUUGCGCACUUUCUUUCGAAUCUGCAAACUCUGGACGAAGGAAUCCAGGACGGAGACGAACGGAGUGUGACGGAAGAGUAUGAAGAAUUCCAGUUGGCAACAAGUGCCAACAAUAAGCAAAAUGCAACCGAAAAGUCUGAUGACAAUGAGAGAAAUCAAACACAGAGAAACGGAGGAGAGCUGGCAGUGGAAGCUGUUACAAAAAUCGGACAACAGGAAGCGUCUUCCACGCCGAGUCCUACCACUUUGCAGAUGUAUCCGGAGGUUAAAUUAUCGACCAGUAACCCCAAACCUCGGGCUGGUCGCCGCCGCAAGGAAAAGUUAAUUCCGAUCAAUUCAAAUGCUGACAUGAAGAUAAAGCACGAAUAUAAUUUAGCAAUGGUUCAAUCAGAAGAAUCCGUUAGUAGCUCCUCACAAUCAUCCCAGCCAUUGCUAAACGACAUGUAUGUGGUAACAUAUCUUGAACAGGUGGUUAUGAUGGCGGGAAAUGUUAGUGCUAACACAAACGGAAUGCUCGGGCUGCCAGACUCGAACAAGCCCACCCAAUCCUUAGACCCGCUGUCAUUUGAAGGUACUAGCAGACUAAACCCUUACGAACGUUCAAAAAUCAUCGACGGAGGAACGGAUGACAAACAGCAUUACACGUGCAGCAUUUGUGACCAAGAAUUCGAGCAACUUCAGGUUGCCCAAGACCACGUUAAUUUCUUCCAUAGAGACGUGAAGCGGCGUAGUUGUCCACAUUGUGGUCGAACGUUCACUCAAACCGGUGAUUUGACACGACAUGUUCGAAUUCACACUGGAAUACGGCCAUUCAAAUGCCCGUUCGAGGACUGCAAGUAUGCUUUCAUAUCAUCCGGAGAUCUGCACAAACACGUCCGCCGCCACAAUCAGACGAUAAACCCAAUCCCUAAGCCUCACGUUUGCCCCAAGUGUGGAAAAGAUUUCGAGCGCGGAUAUGAUCUGAAAAGACACAGUUCCAUGCACGCCAAGGACGACCCAAAUUUUCAGGGCUUCAACUGUGAACUAUGUGGCAAAGUGUUCGCUAGAAAGGAUCAGUGCCGGGCGCACACCUUCCGACACGUCGGUUAUAAACCGCACAAAUGCAAAUAUUGCGACAAGUGCUUCUCGGAUGCAAGCAACUAUGCGAAACAUGUGAAAGUGCAUGAGCUGGAUGGUGUGCUGCUUUACUGUCAUUAUUGCAGUAAAUCCUUCAAGAAUAAAAUGGCCAUUUCAAAACAUGUACUUCCCUGCAAAUACAAAACGCUUGCUGCCUCGAGUAAAAAGCAAGCAAAGAAACGAACCUCGACGGGACAAUCCCUGAAUGUCCACAGCGCAUCUCUAGGAUACUCCAAUAGUGGUGUCAAAGCUAGCGAUGCACCCAGAGAAACAGAAGCAGAAGCAGCAGCAAUAGCGUUAUAAGUGUACUUCCUACAUGCAAGAGACCAAUUCUCGAAACCCCGCCCUGUUAGAUUUAAACGCAGGAGCUGACUACUUAAUGUAUAGAUUGUCCCAAUAGCCCAAUAAGUGUGGUACGGAAUGUUUUCUUCAGUACAUGUUGAUCUUAGUUCAUUGGCGCAUUCUUCACUUCGAAGUACGAAACAUUGAUAUCAAUAUUUAGGUGGUUCGCAUACGGUACUAUUGGAACCAUACAAAUGGCAUAUUUAUUACCUUCCAAUGUAAUUUACGUUAGGGAUUAUGAUGAUAUGAUCAGCAGUGAAACAUGUGGAUAUUCAUAAGAUGAGAAUUUUUUACGAUAUUUUUUUGGUAGUGGAUAAUGUACACGAUUGAGCUCUUCGGAGUGCAAACUCUUUUCCGAUAGUUUUUAUUGAUAGGUUAUUUUACAGUUAUAGAAACAAACUGUAGUGGUAUUUUUAUUUUUUUUUCUCAUUGGGAUGAGUAAUUUCACAUUGGUGAAAGCACAAUAGCAGUGGAUAAUAAUGGUAUUGAAAAUGAUUUGCUUAUCAAGGACAACACGUUAAGUUUACACUUGUUGCAAUUCCGUAGGAAGCAAAAUGAGAGAAGAUAUAAAAAAAAAUCAAAUAGCACUACGUAAAUAUGGUAAAAUUUGUAGUAAUAUACACACAUGAUGAAUUAGAAACAACACAUGUUCCUCAAAUAA